UAUCGCCCAUACCCGGCCCGCUGCCGUCAGCCCCAACAGUUGUGAGGGAAAUUGAAAUCGUUAAAAUCCCCCAGAAUUCCCCUCUCCCCCUUUUUAUUUUCCCACUUCACUUCUCCUCUUCCCCAAAAUUCCCCCCUGCCCCGCCGGAAACAUCACUUCUACGUGGCUCAGCCUCUCUCUGAAAGCCGCAGAUUUCCCUCUUAUUGGAUUUAGGGCAAUCACUGAUGAUUCGGAACUUGUACGAUUCUUAGUUUUUGAUUAAAUCUCAGAAGCUAUUUGUUAGUUAAAGUUAGAGAAGAUGGCGAAGGUUGCUGCUGCGGGUCCCGUACAUCCAUCAAAUGCACUUAAGUUUGGUGGUGGUGGUGGUUCUAAGGUCACUGCCACCACAGUGAAACGUAAAACUCCAUCUGAGUUACGCGAAAGUUUUCCAGCAGAGCAAAGUGGUAGUAUUAAAAAAUCUUCUGUGCCUUCAGCAUUUCCUGCUGAGAAUCAACAGCAAUUGAAAUGCCCAGAAUCCUUUCUUCCUUCAACUGUAAGUGGAAAAUAUUGUGCAACCAAAACUUGUAGCACAAGUCAAAGGUGCAAUGAAAAUACCUUCCGCAGCGUCACUGAGCUGUCACUGGGUGGUGUAGAUGCACAUGGCUUGUCUACUAUUGAUAUGGAUAAAGCCGUAAGAGGACUUGCUACUCAUGAGCAUCAAGUUGCUUUUGCUAAAAUUGCUGAAUCCUCUGAACUAGAUGGUGGUUCAAGGUCAAAAAUUUUCUCCUUAGAACUCCAUGUCCCAUGUAAGAUGACCCCGCUGGAUUUGACGAUGAAAACUAAUAUACGAGUUGUGUCUGCAUCUUCUAUCAACUGGUGAGUGAUGACUUGAUUGAUUUUGUUAUAUAAUGAGUCAUUUUAAUAUCGACGCAUGUGGAAAUACCCGCAGUCCCGCACUAUUUGGAUCUGGAGUUAUAGAGCUUGUUUAUGAUAUUGCUCCAAGUGUUUUAGGUUUAUAAUGCAGUAUCUGAUGUAUACAAUUUCUUUCCUGAGAGUUACAAGUUCUCUUAAGUUAUCACAUGCCAAAGUAAUACUUGAUGGCAUGCCACUUAACUAAACCAAGUGGCAUAACCAUUUGACAAGUGAGAGAUGUACAUAACAUUUAUCUUCUUUUGACUGCAAGAUGAUGGACUGCUAUUUUAGGGUCCAAGCCAGGCAUUUCUUUGUAAAUCCAAGCGAAGACAUCCCUGAACUACUCAAUACAAGUGCUUUCUUCAUCAACUUCUAGUAAAUCACUUAGGUAGGUGGGUCUUGGUUCUUCAUCGGUGCCAAGGUUAACUU